AUGGAUUACAAACAAAGAGUUUAAAAUAAAGGAAGCAAACUGCCAAAGUUAGGUGAAAAUGAUAAAGUAAGCGUUAAAAGUUCAUUUUACAUUUAGAAGUAAAAUUAGAAUGGUAAAGUUGAAGCAAUUACUCUAAAUAACCCGCAAGCCAAGAAUAUCUUAUAUCAGAAUUCUUAAAAUCAAGAGGACCUUACUGAUAGAAUAAAUGGAAACCUGCGUUAUAAUGAAAAUCAAAAUGAUAAUCUUGAUAUGAUGAGUGAUCACCUCGCUUCACCACUCAGAUAAUAUUCUCAUCAAUAGCCAAUCACAACAUAGCUUCAUAGUAAUGAAGUUUUCUUGAAAAAUGCCUCUAAUAUGGUUGAAGUUGUGAACAAAGAGCAACCUAGUUUUGCAAUGAGAAUGAAAAAGAAUAAAGAAAUCAAUCAAUCAUAUAAUCUAUCUGAGCCGGACAAUAAACUAUAUCAGGCUAAUCCAUUUCCUGGACUUGUUGGUCAGGAUUAAAAUACAAGUUAAUUAAUAGAAGACUAAAAAUAAGAGAUAUCUAAAUUAGCAUCUCCUAAUAUAAGAAAUAGAAAUAGUGUCCAUUAAUCAUCUUAAGUUUUAAGAUAGUCCGUUGAGAAAUAAAGAGCUAACAAUUUUGGUAACGUAUCAAAAUAAAUAUUGAAUAAUAAGGCAUCAGCAAUAACAUCAAUUUAAAACGUUUAACAAUAACCAACUAUCAACAUCAGUAAUCAAAAAUUAGAAAGAUAAAAUAGCUAUGUAAAUAAAAUUGAAUAAUAGCAAAAUCAACCAAAUCAACCAAUAAAGUCAAGUGGAAGAGUAAGAGCCUCGUCUGUAAGUAACAAUAACCCUAAACCAUAAACCACUUAAAAUACCAAUUAAAGCCACCCGCCUAGAAAUCUCAUACCCCCAAAGGCAUUAUAAAAAGAAAAAAGUCCAAGAGUUAGUGGAUAAGGAUAAGUUUAACAAAAUUAAUAGCAGCAUUAAUCUGACAACCUCUUUGAUAUGUAUGGGCAAAAUUUAAAGUAGUUAUAAUAAUAAGCAGAAAGUAUGAACAUGAACUAAUAAAUGUCAAACUAAGUAAAGUAAAAUCCAGAUAUUUACAAAUAAAUUGAGCAAGCUGAUAAGCACUACAAAGAUUAGCGAAAAUAGGAUGAAAAUUAGCAUUAAAUAUCAAAGGAUGGACAAACCUCUACAUAUAAGCCUUAUUCAGUUAAGGAUUACAAAUAGAUGUAGCAAACUUCACAAUCAAUGAAAUUGGGUGGUCUUGGAGCUAAUAUUGGUUCUCAAGAAUGGGAAAAUGCUAAGAAAAAGUAAGAAUAAGCGCAAGAAUUUGCAAAGUAAGUAAAGUUGCAAAAUCAAUAGAAACCAUAAACAAGUCAGUCAAGUAAGAAAAAGGAAGAAAAACCUAAAGAGAAGACAUCAAGAGAAAAGGCUUUGGAAUUCGCUAAAAAUAACGUUCCUAAGCCAAAAGUUAAGAGUGAGAGCUCAACUUCCUCGAAUCAAGGAGAACCAAAAGAGAAUAACAACAACAAGAAACUAAGUGAAGAUCUUGAUGGAAUUGAAGAAGAAAAUGUAGACUAUGAUGAACUUGGCAAUACAAUCGGCAUGAGAUAUCAAAGAGGGAACGAGUUUGAAAUGCUAAAUCAAAAGCAUGAUGAAUAUGCAAGUGAAAUAGAAAAAAUUAAAUAAAUGAUUAUGUGA